GGCGCCCGAAAAGUCAUAAACUGACAAUGAUACGGGGUACGGUGAGGUAAAAGUUCCACAGGGAACCCAAAGUUUAUUUUUCCAUGUACCAUGUGAUCUUCACGUGACCUUUGGGUUGCGUUUGCUACAGGACGCCAUAUUGACUUCUCGCACAAAAGGCUCAGAGUUGACCAAGUUAACGGCGAGUUUUUCUCGAUAAAUCAUCAAUAUUACAAUUAUGAGUCGCGAAGGAGGUCGGGUUUUUGUUGGACGUCUCCCCCCUCGUGCGAAUGAUCGAGAUUUAGAGAAAUUUUUUAAAGGAUUUGGUCGAAUCAAUGACAUCAAUUUGAAACAAGGCUUUGCCUUCGUGGAAUUUGAUGACGCUCGCGAUGCCGACGACGCAGUUUACGAACUUAACCACAAAGAGCUUCUCGGAGAAAGGGUUUCAGUAGAGCAUGCUCACCCAUCUAGGGGUGGUGGCGGUGGCGGUGGGCGCGGUUUCAGAGACAGAAGCCCCAGAAGGGACAGAUACCGUUCCUCCUCACGAUUUGGAGCUCCCUACAACACAGAAUACCGACUGAUUGUAGAGAACUUGUCCACAAGAGCUGGGUGGCAGGAUUUGAAGGACUACAUGCGCCAAGCUGGUGAAGUGACCUUCACACAGUGCCACAAAGAUAGGGUCGGAGAAGGGGUUUGUGAUUUUUCCAAUGAAAGUGACAUGCUCUAUGCGUUGAAGAAACUUGAUGGUACUGAGCUGUUUGGCAAGAGGAUCCGACUUGUUGAGAGCCGUCAAUCCUCCAGAAGACGCUCCCGGUCACCUUCUCCAAAACGAAGAUCUCGUUCCAGAUCUCCAAGACGUUCUGCAUCCCCCAGGCGUUCGGCUUCACCAAACUAGUGUGUUAGAUGUGAAGUUCAAAGCUGUUUCAUAAGAGAUGGUCCAUUUUCUGAGUUAGUGUUUGAAGCAGAUAACUUGUGACCUUGUUUUUAUUGUUUAUCAGUUCCCGCAUCUUCAAUGCAGAUUUGAUAUCUGUCUAGGAAACGUUUUUUUUUAUUACAAAAUUUCUCAGCCUCAUACAAAUUGAGGAAACGAAUUGAAAGUACAGUAAAUGUUUUUUUCAUCAAAUUUCCUUUUGCCAAAAAUAAAAGAAAGUUUUUUUUAUCCCUGUAACAUUUUUCUCAAAAGUUUAAAAACUUGUAGGCUUCAUUCAUCAAAACCAUUUGAUUUGUUUGUAUUGGCUUCUUUUUUCCCUUUCCUGUAUUGCAUGUAAGGCAAUAAUAUGUACGUAAACAUGUCAUUUAUUUUAAAAUAAUGCAGUCAAAUCUGAUUAAAUACAGAAACGUUGUCUCCUGAA